AUGUCAGUUAUAGGCCUUGACAUAGGAACUAUAAAUGCAGUGGUUGCAACAAUUAAUAGAGGAGCUGUUACUAUUGUAAGAAAUGAGUUAUCAGAAAGGACAACUCCGAUAUUAGUUGGUUAUACUGAUACAGAACGUUUAAUUGGUGAGCCAGCUCUGACAAAAAUGAAGUCCAACUACAAGAACACUUGCAGGUAUAUGAAACCUUUACUUGGUAUGCUCCCAAAUAACGUAACAGAGAUAGAGAAGAUGUAUUCAUUGGCGGAGAUCACAACAUGUGAAAACGGUAAUAUUGGGUUCAAAGUAAGAUAUAAAGGCAAUCAGCAAGUAGUUUCUUUGACUAGUGUCUAUGCAUCUUUUCUUAAGCGUCUCAAAGAGAAUACUGAAAAGAGUACAGGCCAGUCAGUAAGAGACUUAGUUAUUAGUAUCCCAGGAUACUAUGACAACGUCGCCAGGCAAAAUGUCCUGGAUGCUCUCCAUAUUGCAGGAAUCAAUUGUCUGAGACUCAUGAAUGAAGAAAGCGCAGUGGCUCUUGAUUAUGGUAUAUUCAGAUCGAAUAAUUUUGCAGAGAACGAAAAUGUUAUUGUAGCUUUUAUAAGCUGUGGGGCGGGUUACUUUUUUGUUUCCAUUGUUAGAUUUACAAAAGGAAAAUUUGACAUUCUUUCUACUAUCUAUGAGAACAGAAUUAGUGGCCGUUUAAUGGAUUAUGCAAUUAUGGAGUUUGCUGCCAGAGACUUUAACCAAAAAUAUAAGACAGAUCUUUUAAAGGACCCAAAAGCCAGGCUAAAGUUGGAGGAUUCUGCAACGAAAUGCAAGAAGAUUCUGAGUGCUAACCAGGAAGCAGCUUUCGUAACAGAAUGUGUUGAUGGCGAAAAUGAUAUUAGUAUGAUGAUUGAAAGGAGUACAUUUGAAGAGCUUUGCUCUAAUAUGAGUAGCUACAUUCCUAGUAUGGUAGAUUGUGCAAUUAAACAAGCUGGGAUUAAAGUUGAAGAUAUAUCAUCUAUUGAGAUUAUUGGUGGUUGUAGUAGAAUCCCAUGGGUUCAACGCGCAAUUGGAGCAGCUUUUAACAACAAGGAACUUUGCAAGACUUUGAAUGCUGACGAAACUGUUGCAAGAGGUUGUGCUCUCCAAGCUGCUAUGUUGUCUCCAGUUAUUAAAGUGCGAGAAUUCAAUAUGACGGAAAGGUUUGCUUACGAAGUCCUUUUGUUUUGGCAGAACUCUCCAGGGUCUUCAGAUUUCAAAUCAGCAACUCUCUUCUCCCUCGGAAGUGACCUGAAUGUUUUAAAAAAUUCUACAUUUUCUAAAACUGAGCCAUUUGAAAUCGCACUCAGAUAUGCCCCAAAUCCCCACUCAAAUAACCUUGAUCUUGGAAGAUACUUUGUAGACCUUCCUUCUCAACAGGACUCAAAAGUCAAGCUUUACAUUCGUCUCGAUAGGAAUGGUAUCGUACGUCUAGAAAAGGUUGAGCAGAUUAAGGAAGAAGUAGUCAUGGAGAACGUGCCAGCCACAACUCCAGCUGCAGUAAAUCCAGAAGACCUUGAUUCCAAUGUUACACAGUCUGCGGAUUCCAAACCUGAAGAACAGCCAGCCGCUCCUCAACCUACAAUGAAGACUAGAAUUAAGAGAACAAAUGUUCAAUUUAAACAGAUUGGUGAAUUGCCGGGAUAUUUGAAUGAAGACUCGAAAACCAAGUUUAAGGAUGGAGAAGCACGUAUGAGUACAGAAGACUUAUUGGUCCAUUUGACACGUGAAAAAUUGAAUGAAUUGGAAUCCUAUGUGUUUGACAUGCGUUCAAAAAUCUCUCCUGGCGGCAAUUUGAACCAGUAUGCAGAGAAACAAUCAAUCGAAGCUUUCUUAGGACUAUUGGUACAGGCAGAGAACUGGAUCUAUGAUAACUACGAAAGCACAAAAGAAAUCUUUGAGAAGAAACUGGAAGAGCUUAAAGUUCAUGGAAACCCUAUUGAGAUGAGAUACCAAGAAUCUGUUCAAUUAGAGGAAGUUCGAUCAUAUAUGAAUUCAAUGUUUGAGCAUUUCCGCAACAUAUGUACAAAUGCAGAAAUGGAAUUUACUUCAGAAAGCAAACAACAAGUAAUGGAAGGUUUGGCAAAGAGAUAUCAGGAAUUUAGCGAAGCUAUCCGAAAGAAUUUUGAAGAGAGAGCUAAGUUUGAAAACUUGAUUGUUUCAAUAGACUCUCUUAAGGAAAUGUGUGAUGAGACCAAAAAAUACUGCAAUGAUAAUUUGAUCCCCGUCCCAAAAGUUACUGAACCAACUAAUUCUCAAGAUAAUAAUAUGGAGGAUUCUCAACAAUGCCCAGAAUCUGGAAAUAAUGGUGAUGUCCAGAUGGAAGGGGAUAAUAACUGUACUCAGGGGGCAACUACAGCCUCAGAAGUCUCACAAGAGUCGGAUAUGAAGCUCGAUUAG